AUGACUAGGGGGAAAAUAAAGCUUGAGUAUAUUGCCAAUGAUGCAGAGAGAAGGGCAUCUUUUAGAAAGAGAAAGAAGGGAAUACCAACAGUUUGGCCAUCUCGGCUCGAUGCUCAGCAAAUUAUUUCCAGAUUUCGGGAAUUUCCAGAAGUGGAACAGACCCAGAGACUGUUCAACCAGGAGUCCUAUACGAUUCAAAGGGUUCAGAAGUCUCGUAAACAAGCCGAAAAGCUUCAGAGGAUUAACAGAAUAACAGACAUGGAAAUUCUGAUGCACCAGUGCAUGGCUUGUUUGUCCAGUCUGCAAAAUGUCCCUCUAAGUGACAUAACCGAAAUGGGACGCUUGGCGGAGCAAAACAUUCAGGACAUCAAGACCCGAAUGAAGGAACUGGAAAAGAACUGGGCUACAAAUUUACAAAUGGUCAGUGAGAAUUCGUUAAUUCCAGAUAAAACUAAAGAGAAGAAAUUUUAUGCAUUUUCAAAUGAUCGAUAUAGAAAGAAUUUGAGAUUAAAAAAAAAUAGCGAGACAACAAUGACAACAAUCAAACUCAUGAAUCAAGACUUGAUACGAUUGGAUCGGUUUGAUGAUACAAACUUUACGCAGUGGCAAGACAAGUUGAAGUUACUCCUUACUGCAUUGAAGAUCUCCUAUAUUUUGGAUCCAGAUUAG